GCUAAAAAAUAAAACGCAAAUGUCGUUGACAAAACCAGAAUGAUCCACAUCUGUCUUUAUUUCAUUACUUCAAAAAUGGCGUUCGUUUAGGCAGUGUGCGUUGUUAAUUUUUGUUUUUUUAAUGUAAAAUUUUAAGAACUGUUAACUUAAAACUGAGUUGUAAAAAUGGGACGUUCGCCGAGCCCGCGGCGACGCGACGAAAGGCGCCGCGACGACAGACGAGACAGAGAUCGAGACCGCGAGAGGCGAAGACCGCGCACACGGUCCCGCUCGCGGUCGCUGGACCGCCGGAGACGCUCUCCGGAACGCCGCCGGUCCCCGUCGCCACGCCGCCGCCGCACGCGCUCCCCGUCUCCAGGGCCCACCACGUCCUUCGUCAAGCAGAAGAAGACCUUCGGAGAGCGGCCCAUCAUCACCCCCGCCGACUUGGAGGGCAAGACUCCUGAAGAGCAGGAGAUGCUGAAGGUAAUGGGCUUCUGCGGCUUCGACAGCACUAAAGGUAAGAAAGUGGAGGAUAACGUGGAGGGUGACGUCCACGUGGUGCUGAAGCGUAAGUACCGACAGUACAUGAACAGGAAGGGCGGGUUCAACCGGCCCCUGGACUUCGUAGCGUAGCGAACUGCCUAUUUUUACCACCUGAUGUGUAUCGCCGCUGACGCCGACGUUAGACUGAUAUCACACCGGUCACAUCAGAUCUCCGCACAACGUACACGUUUUCAGUUGCGACCUGCAGGGUCUUUUUUACAAAUAAUGUGAUAUUGCUAGACUUGUGAUAUGGAAUGCAUUGAGGUAGGCUCGUAUUUAAACGAAAAAUAUUAUAAAUACAGUGAUAAUGCCAAAGAACUACAACCACCAUAUAUAUUUCAAAAGAACUUUUCAAAACAAUGAUAAAUCAAUAAGACAAUCAGGAAAAAUAUUAAAAAUAUCAAAUCUGUUGGAAUGGUAGAUAAAUUAAUACUCAAUUCAUAAACAAUUAGAAUUUCUAUUCUCAACUUCUAUUUGCCUUAAGCAACAAAAUAUAAUAGGCACAUCUAAAUAACAAUAAAGAUUUAAUUUUAUUAAAAAAAUAACCAUUCUAUAUUUUUGGUGGUUCAGCCAUUGCCAUAAUUAUUACACACAGAUGGAAGGCUAAGUAAAAAUAUGUAACGAAAAUAGCAAAGUUAAUUGUGACAACUGAAAAAUGGAAAUUAUGGCAAGCUCGAACAAUUGAGCACAUAGCUACUAUUAUAUAACAUUCAGAUACCAUAGGCUCCGCAAUGCAUUCCCGCAAGUUAUGUGACCUUUUCUAUAUAGAAGUAAGUGUUAUACAUGUUGAUUUGAUUUUGUACUGACAGUUUUGUACACAAUAUGUGACUGCGAUAGAAUCUUUAAUCAGAAGUUGAACACUGACAGCCUUUUGCUGAGAAAUGGAUAGUUUUGCACUGAAGUUGUACCUCACUUAAAGAUAAUAGUAAAAUAUCAUCUCAAAUAAUUAUAAAAUUAACUAAUUUAUAAACUGCUUAGUGAUCAAGGCAGGGCUUAGUGCAGUGAAAUGUUCAAUAUAUCUAUUAAACCAUCUAAGAUUAAAAAUGAUAAUGUCAAUUUAUUCAUUGAUAUAUAGUAAUUUAAUUUGCAAACAUUGCACUUUACGCACACUAACAAAACAUUAUUUCCAACUAGAUUCUAUCACAGACACAAAUUGCAAAUCACGUCUUGCCACAACAAAGCUCCUUUAAAGCAAUUUAGGUUUUAUGAAGCUCCUACAUAUCAAAUCAUAGAAGUGGAAUUUACACAUAGGCUCUAUAUUUUGAGAGAAUUACCGUACUAAAUAUUCUUAGAAUGGCAUAAAAAUUUAUUAAGGUGUCUAGAAAGUUUCAUAUGCUAUAAUAAUCUUGUGGGGUGUAAACUUAUGAGAAUAUUGCUUGAGAAACAUCACUGAACGCUGAGGCUGGAGAAUUCUUCAUGUUAGAAUGUCUAUAACUUAGUUUGCAAUAUGCUCUUUUUGAUUUCUCAGCCCUAAUUACGGCGUAAUGAGAUACCAAACAGUUUUGGAGAUGUCUAAUUAUUAUUUUUUUCAAUCUCAAAUGAAAGUCAUUAUUUUUACUUGGAAAAGUAUUAAAUACUUAAAUGUUCAUACUAAUAUCUGGAAUUUCGUCUACCAGACUUAUCAAUUCAUAUUACAAAAUCUGUUGUCGCUAACUAAUCGAACGAAAUUCGGUUACAAAACUUGAAUAAUGCCCGUUGGAAUAGCUUUACCGUUUAUAUUCAAGGUCAAAGUUCGAUUCUCGAGGGGAGCCGCGUACAUUCCCAGAUGCAGACUGGAUUAUCUAGAUCUCAGACGAUGCUCGAAUUAUCUCGGAACGCCCUUUUUCCGUUUGACAAAGACCGCCAGUGGUUCUCAGACGGUUUUUGCCGCUUCCUUUAGUGUCACGCUGUGUUUCUCAAGCAAUGAGGAGCUUUCGUUUACGGUGGUCUAACACUUACCCACGAUAAAAUAAUGUGAAAAAUAUGCUCGCUAUUAUUGCAGUUUUGGUAAGGUGCUAUUUUGAUUUAAUAAUUAUUCAGUAAUAUUUAAUUGUAAAUCAUCAGGUCUUCAUGUACCUACCCGAGGUUAUAUUAUCACCAACAUUUUCACAUAGUCGCCUACACCGAAACUCAAUUAAGCCAUAUUAAAAGACAAUUGUAACGUACAACAGCGGGUGUUGUCAUUUACUGAAUAAGUUUUAUCUUCCACAAACUCCGUAGUCACUCCAAGCGUGGGAUAAGUGAAGGACCGCCUUCCGUCAGUUGUCUAGUGGCAAGACUUAGUUGUAAGUUUAGUUUGUAAGCCCGUUGACACAGUGCCCGCGUGCAGCGCAAGCCCACGCGGGCUUUGAACCGCGCCCCAGCGCACCAAGAAGCGGCUCGCAGUCGACGGGGCCGCACGACCAAAUCAAUAGGUCCUCGUGUCUCUGGACCAGUUUGAGAACCAACAUUUGGGCGGAAAUUAUCACGCAUAUUGAAUAAGGGCCGUUGAACACUUUUACAAAUGUUUAUUGCGAGUUAACGUUUUGUUUUACAAAGUGUUUGCCAGUUUGUAUGUGUCCAUUGAUGGUCCCGAUCUAACUUAAAGUGUUAGAAUAUCAUCGAGUUGCGACACUACAUUAACCGACAAACAUUUUGCGUGUUAGUUUUUCGACGACCCUACUUUCACGAUAUUGUUGAUAUUUUAUUACAAAAAACAAUUGGAUGUCAAAAUCGCAGCGGUUCUCAAACUGCCCCCCAGACACGGCCGGCCGUAGCCAAGACUGAAGCUCCUAUGCACUAGUUGCAUGUUUCCCGCGCGACGCCACACACUUAGCAAUAUUACAGAGAGAUAUAUAUACACACACACCCCCCCACUUAUGCCCCCUGUCCUCCACAAUGUACAAUAGUUUAGGUUCGCACGUUAUAGUGCUGUGUCCUCAAUGUGGCCGACGUCUCGAGCCUAUUUUGCGAUGUCGGCCCGUCUGACGACACAACAGUAUGCCGUGCCAGCCUCCAUAGCCCAUAUACACAAGUUGCUUAAAUAAAGGAUAUAUUUUUAAAACAAUACAACCGUCGCGCGGGAAUUGCCGCGGAGCGCUCGCGGUCGCGCCCCCGCCCACUGCUGGCCGUUUGUCACAACAUCCGCAUAUUUGAAUGAAUCUGUUACAAGUCUGAAGGUUUUCUACACAAUUUUUGUACAUGCACUUUUGAUCCGGUUUGAGCUGACAAAAACUGAUAAAAAGAUACUUUUGUAUCUGAGAAUUUUCAGCUCAAAGAUUAUUGUAAAUCCACUUGGCGGGUGUUCUCGAUGACAAAUCGUGAAAUCUCGUAUUUCGAAACAAUUAACUAAUUAAUCGUGAAGGAUUUUGACUUUUGCGAGUUACAAAUUUCUGUGGAAUAUUGAUUGUCAUCGAGAAUACUGCCCGUAGUUGCAAAACACAAAUGAUUCCGUUUUUCUAAAACACAAUUAAUUUAGCGCCAUUUUGAUCGCAGGCGUCCGCCAUUUGUAGUCAAUUUAACAUUUUAUUUUUACACUGCCAAUUCACUUUUUUAUUUUUUUAUCUACUAUCUAAUGAAAAUUUAAUUCAAACAUUUUAUAUUUAAGUUGUCGGCCGUAUUAUACUUUUAAUGUCUACAUUUUUGGAAUAAUUAAUGUAUGUAGUAACAUUUUGUUUGAAGCCGACCAUUUUCUCGGAAUAUUUUGAUGAACCACAAGAUUCAUUCCCACUGUAUAUACCACGAUUCUAUUUAUACUUAUUUAUCGUAAAAGAAAUUAAAAAAAUAAUUUUUAGUUGCUAUUUCGGAACGAAAAAAGCUAUUAUAAUAAUUUUAAGCAGAAAUCUGUAUGUUUCGUUUGGAGUAUCGUUAGCUAUAAAAAUGUCUUCCAAAUUUGAAUUUUAUAAUUUGUCUAUAUAUUUUUUAUUUUUACUAAAUUUUUAAAGGUUUAAUACUGAAAGUAUUACUGGCUUUAUAAAUCCACAUAGCAGUAGUAUUAUAUAUUCAAAUAUUAUAAUUUAUUUUUUAAAGCUAACGGUACUCGUGAAUUAUUUGUAAAUUAUGUGCAUUUAAGUUCUUGUUCGAAUGAUGGAAAUUGUAAUAAAACAUUUCUUGAUCA